UAUCCGUCUCUACAGCGAAUGAAGGAAACCCUUAGCGCUACCCUUCCGUGAUAAAUAUGAGUUCUCAUGUUAUCACCCCUGGACCGUACCGAGCCACGAAAUUGUGGAAUGAGGUGACACGUUUGUUUCGGGCUGGCAUGCCCCUCAGGAAGCAUCGCCAGAACUUCAGGCACUAUGCUUCCUGUUUCACUGCUUCUGCUGCUGUUGAUUGGCUGCACCAGCUGCUCUGUAACAACAGCAACUUUGGCCCCGACGUUACCAGGCAACAGACAGUUCAGCUCCUGAAGAAGUUUCUGAAGAACCAUGUGAUUGAAGAUGUAAAGGGACGCUGGGGAACAGAGGACCUGGAGGACAACAAUGUGCUGUACAGGUUUCCUUCCACUUCUCCUCUGAAACACAUCCCCUGUUCAGCUCCAGCCUCAGAGUCCAGAUCCAUAAAAAAGAGACCUUCAUUCAAGGACAAAGAAGGUUUCUUCAGGCUUAGAAGCACAAGGAGGCAGGAGAAAGAGACCCAGGAAAAUGUGGAUCCUGCACUCCGAAUACAGCAGGAAGGCGACAGUCAGACAGAAGAAGAGCAGCAGAAACAGAGACGAGAGCUGACAGUGGAGGAUGUACAGGAGAUCUGGAGAGACAUCACGCUGACCCACCUUCAGAGGAUUCUAGAUGUUCCAUCUCUCGACGAGGUUUUAGACCAUCGUUAUGUGAAUCCACAGAACAUCAUCCAUAAUAUGACCAAAGUCAACAAACACGGAGUGGUCACACUGGACGACAAGACCAAUGACCUUCCAGACUGGGUUCUGUCUGCCAUGAGGAGCCUGGCCAGUUGGCCAAAGUACAACGGCACACAGCAAUCCUAUCCUGGCUUUGAAAGAGAUGUCUUCAAAACAGUGUCCGAUUACUUCUACAGCCUCCCACAGCCACUGCUCACAUAUGAACUGUAUGAACUGUUUAUCAAUGUUCUAGGCGUUCUCCAGCCUCAGUGUGAACGUGUAGCCAUCGAGGCCCUGCAGCUCUGCACCCUCCUCCUUCCACCUGCCUCCCGCAGGAAGUUGCAGCUGCUCAUGAGGAUGGCGUCACGCAUCAGCCAGAAUGUAGACAUGCCUCGCCUCCACCCUGCUAUCGGCACUCGGACAUUGAUGGUUCACACAUUUUCAGGCUGUGUCCUGGGCAGUGCUGAGGAGUGUGAUUUGGAUGAGCUGUUAGCAACCAGGCUGGUGUCAUUUUUAAUGGACCAUCAGCAAAGCAUCCUCUCAGUCCCAGAGUACCUGCUUGGUGCCAUCAGUGACCAUAUACAGUACCUACGAACAGCACAGGUCCCGAUGGACUCUGUUUCAAAGACUGACAAAAGCGAUCCGGUUUGCCCUCCAAUGCCGGUCUACACGUUCUGCCAUCAGAUCAGUGGCGCUGAGUUUGAACAGCAAAAACUGGAGUCUUCUCAGAAGGCCAUGGAGGAGCUGCUAGAGAUCCUGGUGACAGAUCAAAACAUCAGUGAGAAGGACAGACGCAAGAAACUGAAACAGUUUCAGAAGCAGUACCCAGACAUCUACAGGCAACGAUUCCCCUCCUCGGAUGGCGAGAGCAAGACUGACAACAAACCAAAGAUUAAACCUCCACUCCUCAACAUCAAGAAGACCAAAGCUUUCAGCAUCAGGAACUGAACGACUGCAGGAGGCGCGCUCUCGCCGCUCACGUCGUGAUCACUGCACUGAUAUCACACUCCUGGCAGGACAAUUGAGAAGUCGUUUUUCCCAUGGCAGCCAAAAGCAGUGUGUUACAUUGGAAAUGCUGUUGUUACUGUUGUGUUUAUUGUAAGUAAAUGCAGACUGGAUGAUUUUAACAGGAGUUGAUUUGUGUAUUCAUGUGUUGUGUAUAUUUGUAUUGAGUUUUGAGUGCUGACUUAGAUGAAGGCUUGUGACCGUAGCUCUACAGAGCCGUUCAUACCAUUUAGGUUCUCUGAAUACAUGUUUUAUGAAGAAAGGUACUUUACCUGUUGUCCCCUCACUCUUCUUUUCUAUUUGUAUCUGAUACUGGCCCGUGUGUGUGUUCAAGUAAGAAGCAAGCUCCAAAAGGCAAUUGGGAGAAAAAUAUGCAAUUCUAAGAUCACUGGUCAAUAUGGGAGCAAUUAGAUUUCUUAAUUUAUAUGAAUACUGACAGCAGGAGGAGUGCUAGUUGUUGUUUGUUUUUUGUUAUGCUGAUGUUUUUUAAAGUUUCAAUAUUUUCUAUCAUAGACGCCUAAGUUUUAUUUGUCAGGCCUGAUGUUGAGCAUUUUCUCUUUCUUUGCCCUCAUCUUAUUUUCCCUCUGUCGAGUAUUGAGUUUUUAAAACUCUUUUUGAAAUCUUAGUUUUAUUUUGUGGUGAUUUUUUUUUUUCAGGAUGCUAGCUUUUUCAUAUCUAGCUCAGUUAUUUUAAAUCGUGUUAAUCUUUCCAAUUUCUUUUUACUUCUUGAGCUUAUGUGUCUCAUCCCUGCUUUGUUUAGUGGAUUGUUUGCACUUGGAGCUAGGCCAGCAUGCUUAUGUCAAUCACCAGUGUGGUCAUUUAUACGUAUUUAAGGCUUAUUAGACUUCCCAAACCAAGUUUUUCCAUCAGACACCUGAUAUGCCCUUGGCAUGGGUAGUGCCUAGUGAGAGCUUGACCUGAAUGCGCAUCCAUUCAUUGCAGUGCUGCAUGCUGACAGGUAUUUGGUAAACUGAGGGGAAUUACACAACUCAUGUCAAGUGUCUGAAGAAAUCUUAAUAUUCAAAUGGUGUCAAACGCUCUUUUAUUUAUCUUAAGCUACAUGAAGUAUUACUUCUAUCCUGGUAUGUUUGUGUUUACCUCAGAUCAGAUGGUGCAUGAAUGUUUAACCACACACAUUCAUCAUUGGUGUUCUCUGUGUUUUGUACCUACAACUGUUCCUCUACAUUGUUUACUAUGCAAAG